GAAAGGUAAAACAGAAAAGGAACCAAGAUUGGUUACUUUGUCCAGUUCAGACAACAGUCUUACUUACGGACUUCGUAGAGCAAGUGAAUGUUUUCUGACCCAUGGGUUUGGAUUAUUACAUUAGUUAAGUAUAAAUUGAAUCAGAACACACAGCAUGGUGGAGUUUGGAUCAACGCGUAAUUACUUGGAUGGAAAGUCUCAAGCUUGCUUCAGGAUCUGAGAAUGAUUUCUGCAAAUAGGCAAAUUUGAAACCUUCGCAAUUUUAUUCCAACUCGAACUGCUCUGGAGCUAGUGAUCUGAAGACGCCAGGUUAGCACACUCAGUGGGAGAUUGGACACCGGGAGCCCAGAAAUUCUGGGAAGAUUAGGAAUUCUUCCUUUGAUCGGAUCCGAAACAUUAUCGAUCGGACAGGAAGCGCCGCUGAUUUCGACCAGGACCCUGCUGCCAAGGGGUAACCAACGCUGCUCAAGGUCCAAGCGACAGGCUGACAAAUCGCCAGCACGCUGCGACCUAACUCGCCGGAGAUCAGGAGGGCAGAGCUUGGAAGAGAAAGUCGGCCAUCGGUGUGCUGGGAAGUUACCAAUGGUCAAUGGAAUAUCUUGAACUGGCCGAGUCAUCUGAUCACAAGUGUCGGCUCUUGACUAGUGACAAGCUCCAGGCGAUGGGUUUAUCUCCCAUGGGAUGCUCUGAGAUUGGGGCGUCUUGAGCGGAGAGUGUAAAAUGGGUAACAUUAGUGAUGACAGCUGCCACGUGGAUUCCAGGCUCGAUAGUCUCUUCCCGCCCACCCUCUACAUCUUUGUCAUUGUGAUUGGCCUCCCAACCAAUUGCCUGGCUCUUUGGGCUGCAUACCUCCAGAUCAAGCAGAAGAACGAGCUGGGAGUCUACCUUCUCAACCUGUCCAUCUCCGACCUCCUCUACAUUGCCACCCUCCCCCCUUGGAUAAAUUAUUUCUUGCACCAGGACAACUGGAUCCUUGGGCAGGAGUCCUGCAAGCUCUUUGGUUUCAUCCUCUACACCAACAUUUACAUCAGCAUCGCCUUCCUCAGCUGCAUCUCAGUUGACCGCUACCUGGCCGUGGCUCACCCCCUGAGGUUCGCCAAGAUCCGGAGGGUGAAGACCGCGGUCAUCACCAGCGUGGUGGUGUGGACCAUCGAGAUCGGGGCCAACUCCGCGCCGCUCUUCCACAACGAACUCUUCGAGGACCGCUUCAACCACACUUUCUGCUUUGAGAAGUAUCCCAUGGAGAAGUGGGUGGCCCAGAUGAACCUCUACAGGGUCUUCAUUGGUUUCCUCUUCCCAUGGGUGCUCAUGCUCUUUUCCUACCAGGGUAUCCUUAAGGCAAUCAAGGGGAACCUGUCAACUGAGAAAGGCGAGAAGGUGAAGAUCAAGAGGCUGGCUCUCAGCCUCAUCGUUAUUCUGUUGCUCUGCUUUGCCCCGUACCAUCUCAUCCUGUUGCUGCGUAGCAUGAUGUACCUGAGCAGUCCGCAGGGCUGCAGCUUUGAGGAGAACAUCUUCAUGGCCUACCACGUCUCACUGGCCCUCACCAGCCUCAACUGCGUGGCUGACCCCAUCCUCUACUGCCUGGUCAAUGAGGGUGCCCGCAGUGACGUAACCAGGGGGCUGGCUCCACUCCUCAAGUUCUUCACCAGCUCCAAGUCAACCGAUAUUGCUCGGUCGGUCACUCUAGACACACCCUUGUCCUCCAAAAAAUCCCAGUACUUGAACAUCGAGCUGGUGGUGUUGAGGGAGGACUGCAUACAGAUGAAAACUUUGAGUGUAUAAAAUGGAAGGGUUGUGAGACUGCUACAUUUAUAAAUGUAUUUUUUUAUAACAUUCCCUUAUGCGUUAACGUUAAAAAAAAACUUAUUUAAUUCACCUUGGCACCCAUGAACCGCUUGAACGAUUCCACUCUUGCUGCCCCUUGUGACUAUUUUUCACCGUGGAAAUGCCAUGGUGGCCAACUCUGGGCUCCAUCCCUGGGGGUUAGGUCACAUGACCUCUGCCCCUCCCCUGCUAUUAGCCACCCACCUUGGCAACACAGCGUCCCCUUGAGCCUAUCAGAAGGCUGCAGGGCCCCUUGAUGCUAGAUUGUUACUUGAAAGUCGGUCAACCCGCCCCCAUUACCUCCAAAGGUUUAGGUCCUUGAGGUUACUUGGCAAUCCCUGGAGACCCCUAGCCUAAUUUAGGGGGGGGAACAGAAUGGGUUAUGCUUGUAGGCAUCCCAUUCCUGAACCCAGGUGAGUGGUUAGAAGGGAGGGCAGUGAAGGAAGUCUGGUAGCAUUCUGGAUCAGGGGGCAUUCUCAUCGCCAGAUGAAUCUGCUACACCACUUGACAUGAUUUGGCCGAUGUUUUAGAGUGAGUCGGAGGGUAUUGUACAAUCUCCAUCUACCUCCCCUGCAACUUAAGCCGGCUCUGAGCCAAAAGUAGUUUAACCCAAAGUUAUCACUGACUCCUAGCUGGGCGAGGACUUCACAGCGAACAUGCGUCUCAUCCAGUGACCCUGUACGCACACCCUGUCUGUCUGGGGAGCGAGUUUAGCAUCAGUAGAGUGGGGUCCUUCCACCCCGACUGCCAUUCCACACCUGUCCCAAGGGUAAGGGCAUGGCUGGUCACCACCCACCCCUGCCCCAGUUAGUUGCUUGAUGGCAUUGGGGACUGAGGCUCAUUGGGCACAUGGGCUGCCACACCCAACAGGGCAACAAACCAAAGUGGGAUUAGCUUUAAGAACUCAUAUGGGCUGGCAUGGAUUCGAUGGGCCACAUGGCCUCCUUCUGUACCAUAGAUGUCUCUGUUUUAUUUAUUCACUCAUGGAAUGUGGGAAAGGCUGCUAUUUAUUGCCUGUCCCUGGAUGUUGUCUGACUAGAUGGCCUGUCAAACCAUCGCUGGUCUUGAAUUAUAACAUUGGCCAGUCGGUCAGUUUCCUUCCCUCACUGACAGAUUGGCUCUUUAACAAAGGUUUUGAGAUCAUCAUUACUGAUACGAAGCUUUUAUUCAAUUAAUCAGGUUGUAAUUACCGAGUCACCCUGAUAGGAUUUGAACUAUUGGAUCAGUAGCUCUGGAUUAUUUGUCCAGGAACCCGAACACUAUGCCACCAUUCCCUCUUCUCAGUUGGACAAUACCUACUUUCCCAACCAUGGCAUUAGAUGGACUCAAUGAAAUCAACACAAGCCGGGCUUUAACUUUGGGAUCUUUUGGUCUGUCUUGCAUUUGAUCAAGUCUUGCUUUUAUCUAUUGACGUGUUUUCUUGCCUAUCCCUUUCGAGUUGGGGUUGCCUCCAUUGCCUCUCCUGCCUUUCUGCCAGCUAUCCCUCCAGGAGACCAGCUGUCCAACUGCCACUCCCCAAUCUAACUCCCCGCACUAGUUAUGUCACUGCAAUUUUAUUGUGGCGGUUCAUUACCCCAACACACCACUCCCUCUCCACUCCCACUCACUCUUCCCUCUCCUACCCUUGCACCAUUGUAAAUCACAUCCCGCUGCCUUGUCGCUAAUUAGCAGCUCCCAGUUUGAGCUGGAUUUCAAACCACAGUUGGAACAAGGCAGAGGCAGGCUAACCCAAUGUGCAACAACUUCCAUUUAUAUAGCCUCAUUACAUUAGUAAAAUGCAGCAUUGGGGUGUUAGAACAUAGAACACAGACCACAGGACAUAGAGCAUAGAACAGUACAGCACAGGAACAGACCCUUUGGCCCACAAUGUCUGCACUGAACAUGGUGCCAAAUUAAGCGAAAUCUCUUCUGUCUGCACAUCAUUAUCCCUCCAGUCCCUGCAUAUUCAUGGGUCUAGCUAACAGCCCCUUAAACACCACUAUCGUACCCUCCUCCACCACCACCCCUGGCAGCGCAGUCCAGGCACCCACCACUCUCUGUGUAAAAAAAACUUGCCCCGCACAUCUCCUUUAAACUUUCCCCCUCUCACCUUAAAUGCAUGUCCCCGAGUGUUUGACAUUUCUACCCUGGGAAAAAGAUUCUGUCUACUGUCUAUGCCUCUCAUAAUUUCAUAAGCUUCUAUCAGGUCUCCCCUCAGGCUCCAACAUUCCAGAGAAAACAAUCCUGGUUUUACCAACCUCCCGUCAUGCUCUCUAAUCCUGGCAGCAUCCUGGUGAACCUCAUCUGCACCCUCUCCAAAGUUUCCACAUCCUUCCUGGAAUGGGAUGACCAGAGCUGCAUACACAGUGGUUUCCCUCGUGCCCUCCCCAAGAACAGAUGAACAUAUGAAAUAGAAGCAAGGGUGGACUAUAGCAACAAACAAGAUGCUGGAGGAACUCAGCGGGUCAGGCAGCAUCUAUGGAGGGAAACGGAGAGUCCACGUUUUGGGUCGAGACCCUUCAUCUGGACUGAAAGGUAGAGGGGAUGUAACCAGUAUAAAGAGGUGGGGGGAAGGUGUCGGGCAAGAGCUGGCAGGUGAUAGGUGGAUCCAGGUGAGGAGGGGUGAUAGGCAGAUGGAGGAGGGAAGGAUAGAGAGGCCGGGAGGUGAUAGGUGGAGGCUGCAGAUGGUGGGAUCUGAUAGGAGAGGAAGGUGGACCA